AUGCUUGCCUUGGUCACCACGACAGCCCUCGCAUUGACUUCUCCUGUCACUCUAAAGAAUCCUCCAUCUUUCCUUCCAAUAACCCAGCCUCUUCUAUCUCAAUAUAUAGCAUCAGCAUGGUCCCCCGAUAACUCAUCUCUCUAUCUUGCCUCUCCCUUUAGCAUUGAUCGCUUCAUGACCUCCCAAAGCCGAUUGGAUAAGGCCAUAUACGUGCAGUCCAGGGAGGAAAGUGAGAUAAAUACUAUGGCAGUAACUCCGUCAGGAAAUAUAGUACUGGGCGUCGGGAGGAAGGUGGUUAUGCUGGAAUACGCAGCUGGAUCAGCAAAAGUGCUCAAAACCCUCGAAUCCCAUGGAACAACGAUUACCGCGCUGGUUGUGUCAAACGACAGUAUGCUCAUUGCUUCCGCCUCUUCAAAGGGCGUGCAUAUUCACAAUCUACUCGUCCCUGCCAAACAUACAUCUCUCCCCCUCCCCACAAGUGCUCCUAGGUCUGUGAGCACCAUGACAUUCCAUCCUCAUGUUCGAACCCGCCUCCUUCUUGGUCUUGGCCAUGAUAUACUGGUUUACGACGUGGACAAGCCUUCCGCGCCUGUGAAAUGUAUCAGCAUUGGACGGGACGUAGUGGGCAUCGCGUGCAGCCCGUUUAGCAAGACGCUGGUUGCUGUUGCCAGCACAAACAGCGUUAGCCUUGUUGAUUUGGAUAAGGAUAAGGGGUUAUUCAAGACAGUCUUGUCCCCGGAACUCAUUACCUCGAUCACAUUUUCACCCGAGGGUGCAGCUAUCUACCUCGGUAUGCGGGAUGGACUAAGGAUUCUCAAUCUCAGAGAGCUGGACAAGGAGAUGAAGAGGGUUUCUGUGGGCGAGACUGGACAAGGAGUACUAUGUCUCGCUGUUCAGAAACGAUUAAAAACUGCGUCGGCUGUUAAACCGAGUAUUUCCAAUCCAGCAAACUCCUCUCCUGUACGUGCUCGUGCCAAAGUAGCCUCAAGCGUUCGUUCUCCUCUCCGACCUGUGACGGCUGCUUAUACAUUAACUAGUGCACUACGCAGUAGUGUGUCUACAUCGCGGGAAAACAUCUUUGAUGAUGCAAGUGAUACCCCAAUGCGAUCGAAUACACGGGCCGCAUCUUCCCAAAAGUCUAGGCUUUUGGGUAUCCAUGCGCACCCUGCUGAGAUAAAACGAGAGAGGACGAGGGUUGCUUCUGGAUCAUCCACUCGUUCUGAGAUUACAAGGACGUCGUCGAACUUAAUUGUUGGCACGAGAACCAAAGGGUCUUCGCUAAAGCGCGCCCCCGCUCGCUCAAAGACGCCUGCCAAUGAAGACGAGGAUGCACGCACAGAAAUCUCGUCUCCGGAUUUGCCGAUAGACCCCUUAAGAAUAGUCGUUGAAGCCAAAACCGAGGGAACAGAGACGGGCAGCACAGGCCUUAAUGUUAUCGGUACCGCAAAGUCCAGGGGAAGUAAGGAUAAGGGAAAGGGCAAAGAAGUCAAUGUGGAUGCGGAAGAUGUUGGCAAGUACGAGGAAUUAAACGCCGCGGAAAAAGACGAAGAAGAGGCGCAAGUGACUCGCGAGCGCGAGCUCUCGAUGCAAGUUUCCCCUCGCCGACCCGUGGCACAGACCUGGGUUCCAUCACCGCUCCGGCGAAAUUCAGGCACGUUUCCUAUGCAAUCUGGAGCAAGCGACCAAAACCACGCAGACAUAAAAGCGCUGCACGUUGACAUGCUGCGAAUGGGGCGCGGGCUUCGGCAGGAGAUGGAGGAGUGGGGUGGGGAGGUGAAAAAGUUGAGGGAGGAGAAUCAGAGGCUGAGGAGAGGGUACUGA